AUGGCUGCACUCAAACCUCUCCUUGAUGCCGAAUGUGGCACAACAAACCCGUUGAUUAAAUUAAGCCAAUUCUAUACACGUGAUAAUACACUUGUUACCCAAGAUGGUCUCAUUAAGCCAGCAACAAAUAAUUUUACUAGUGCGAAUCUAACUGGCGGUAGUAAUGCAACAAUUGAUGAACUUGUUAACGAAUAUCAUCGGCCGAUUGCUGCACCAAAUACGUUUCAUCUUGAAGGCCUUUUAACCGGUUUACGUUUAGCUGAUGAUGCUCUCGAUAAUACGAAUAAACAUGAAUAUGAAUGGACAACACAAUUUCUUGAUUCAUUUACUAAUGACUUUUCAUCUCAUGCAACUAAUGUACCAAAAAUUAAUAAUAAUUUUUCAUCAUCAGUUAUUCAUCCACCACCGAAUCAACAUAUGCAAGCACCGCCACAAAUUAUGAAUGAUUUUCAUCUUCAGCAGCAACAACAACAACAUUCACAAUGGAUGCCAUGGAAUGAACAAACUUAUAUACCUCCAUCGGCAUCCUUUCCAUUGAAUUCGAAUCCUAUUUUUCUUGAUCAACAACCAUCUGCAAUUGAUGCUGGAUUUGACAAUGAUACUGUCAAAGCUGCACAAAACAUUCUCUCGUUACUACAAGAAACGCAAUUUGCAGCCGAUACAGAAUUUAAAAGUUUCGUUGAACAUGUAGCUGGCGGUAAUGGAGAAAAAUCCACCGUCGAUGCCAAGAAGCAAGAGGCUACACGCGACGCGAAAGAUGCAACAGUAGACAAAUGGAUUAAUGAGUUCUCUAAUGAACUAUCGAAUGAAAAUCAGUGGCAACCAGACUGGACAGCCGAUCCUGUCAGUCUAUCCUCGCUAGAUGAUCCAAUUCCACGUUCACAAUCUUGGCUUCGUCAUUUGAUGGAUAAUGGCGAUAACUAUUCAGAAUAUAAAUUUGCAAAAACUAAUCCAUUUCUCGAUCAUUCAAAUCCUUUCGAAGAAGGUCUUAAACGUUUACAAGCUCAUGAUAUCGUCAAUGCUGUUCUAUUAUUUGAAGCUGCCGUCCAAAAGCAAGCCGACCAUGUUGAUGCAUGGCUGUAUCUCGGCAUAACUCAAAGUGAAAAUGAACAGGAUGGACCUGCUAUAUGCGCAUUAAAAAAAUGUGUAGAACUCGAUCCAAAAAAUUUACAAGCAUAUUUAACAUUAGCGUCAUGCUACGCUAAUGAAUUGUUGACAAAUGAAGCGUUAGAUUCUUUACGAAAAUGGUUAGAAAACAAUGAUAAAUAUUCUCAUCUUUUGUCAAAUCGUCGACCACAAGCAGCAGUGGAGGAACCCAGGUUGCUCGAUGAAUUGGCAUUCGAAGAAUUGCAAGAGCUUUUUUUACAAGCAGUUUCAUUAUCAAGUAGUCCAAGUGAUAUUGAUUCUGAUCUUCAAGUAUGUCUCGGUGUAUUGUUUCAUUUACCUGGCGAUUAUGAUAAAGCAGCUGAAUGUUUCAAUACGGCCGUUCUCGCUAAACCCAAUGAUGCUCUAUUAUGGAAUAAGUUGGGUGCAGCAUUAGCAAAUGGUGGUCAAAGUGAAAAAGCAGUUGAUGCCUAUUAUCAUGCAUUAACAUUGUCACCCGGUUUUGUGCGCGCUNAUGAAAAUAUGAUUACGUAUUUCUCAUACAAAAUGGCAUUACGUACACCGACAGGUAGUUUCCAACGUCCAACUCCGAUGAAUAAGCAACAGACAACAGCGAACAUUUCACCUUUAAAACCUCGCAAAGAUCACGAAGCGACAUCAACACCAUUCUUCUUGAAACGACCGUCGAUCUCAUCCGAAUUAGCAUCACGAUUGAUCCCUAUUGAUGUUGACAUACACACGAAGAAGAAUAUGGAUGAGCAUUACACCAGUCAUUACGAUAUUCCUGGACUUGUUUUACGACGAGGGCAGCCAUUCUCAUUUACGGUAACAUUCAAUCGAGAUUUCGAAGCGGAACAAUAUCAAGUCUAUGUUCGUUUGGCUAUAGGUGCUCGGUCGAUGAUAUCGAAACGAACACAAAUCAGACUUUUGGCAGAUGGACCACCGAACGGUAAUGGCUGGUCGGCGAAGAAGAUUCCCACCGAUGGUGAAGAAGAUAAAAAGAAAAAUAACCGUAUAUCACUUCAAGUUGAAUCACCUUCCGAUGCUAUUAUUGGAAAAUAUACGUUAUUACUUGAAGUUCGCCCAUUACAAAAAGAGGAACAGGGACCCAUUGAUAAACAAGAUUUACAAUUGUUCAUCUUUGAAGUGGACAUCUAUUUUCUUUUUAAUCCGUGGAACAAAGAAGAUGCUUGUGCACUGUCGUCACCUGAGCAAAUAGCUGAAUAUGUUCUGAAUGAACAUGGCCAGAUCUUUCUCGGUUCAUCCGAUAAAUAUCAGCCCACUCCGUGGUACUUCGGUCAAUUCGAACGAUCGGCUUUACAUACAGCAUUGACGUUGCUUGACAACGCACAAUUACCACCGCAAAAUCGUGUCGACCCAUCGAUUAUUCUUCGUAUUCUAGCAUCGAAAAUUUGUUCGAAUCCAGGAGCUAAUAAUGGUAUAUUUUCAUCGGCGUUUAAUGUUCGACCUGUCACGCCGGAGAAAAAUGGGUUAACAAGCAGUACAGCAAUAUUAAAACAUUAUCUUGGUGCACAUUGUCGAUCAGUACAUGGUGGAAGCGGAACAAACUGGCAACAUGCAGCUAUACUUUGUACUUUGAGUCGAGCGUUAGGUAUUCCGUGUCGUGUUGUCACGGUUUAUAACUCAGCGUGUCGCACGGAUGGCACAGCAAACAAUGAUGUACAUUGGGAUACAAAACAGCGGCCUUUGCAAAAACUGAAUGCAGAUACUAUUUGUUCUGCUCGCGUUUGGAAUGAGUGUUGGAUGCGUCGAUCGGAUUUACCGAAUAAUGAACAAGAUUGGCAAAUUGUUGAUUCGACACCAGUACCUAUGUGUGAUGGAAUACGUCGGACGGGUCCAUGCCCGGUUUCAACUGUGAAAAAAGGUGAAUUAGGUUAUCGAUGGGAUUCACCAUAUAUCUUUUCAUCAGUUAACGGACAUAAAUCACAUUGGGUUGUCUAUCCAGAUGGAUAUAUGGAACUAUCAGAUGUCGAAGAAAAUCCCAUUGGCACAAAAGUGAUUACUCGUUCAUUGACUAAUGAAUUUGAACCUGAAGACAUAACUGAUCGUUAUAAAAAUCCAGCUGAACCACCUGAAGAGAGGGAUACUCUAAACAAUCGAUUAAGAAACGAUGUCAAUUAUGAGAUUCUUCUAUCUGAAGAAAAUCGAUUCGGAGAAGUUGUUAAAUUAGAUAUAAAUGUGCAUAACAAAUCAAAUGAAUCACGUACAAUUGCAACAGCACUGACCAUAUGUAUUGCAAGUGGUGCUGGUCCAAAAUCAGGUACUUGCAUUGAUCAACCGAUCCAAACAAUAGUCCUUGAACCAGGCAAAGAUAAACUUGUUCAGUUUAAACUUCUUCCACAACAAUAUAUGAAAUACGGCCCGCAAGAUAAUAUUGUUAUAAAAUAUUUUAUUUACUCGAAAAUUAAAGAAACUGGUCAAAUAUUUACACGGGAUAAUAAUGUUAUUUUCAUAAAAGACGACGUUAUUAAACCAACGAUCAAUGAAGAUGUGGUUGAAAUUGGCAAACCAGUCUUGAUGAAGAUCUAUGUUACUAAUACACUUUCACGUCCAUUGAAUAACGGACGUGUUUAUAUUGAUGGUUUAGGUCUCAAUCAAGUUAUGCGUGUCAAUCGAUCAUUUGCACCUAAAGAAUCGACGGUUUUACGAGUUCGACUUCAUCCGACACGUGUCGGAGUCAGUCGUUUCUACGUGACAUUCAUUGCUGAUUGUCUUUGUUCGUCGACACAAUCGGUUCCUAUCGAAAUAACUCGUGAUCCAGUCAAAAAAGCAGAAGAAACGCGCAAGAAAUCAAUUGAAUCACUGCUGAAAUCGGAUACAGCGACAGAAAAAUCAGAUCAAACACAGGAUAAAACAGAAGAAACCUCAGACAAGCCUACUCUAUCACAAGAAAAAAUUGAUGAGGCAACAGAACAACUUGAAGAGGUAUCGAAAGAACGAAGUGAAUCAUCUGAUAAAACUACUGAAGCAACUACCGAGCAAUCGACAGAAUCUACGAGAAAAUCUACUCAAACAACGGAACAAGAAAAUGGUCUAUCUCAGAAAACAGAUGAACCAUCUAAAGUAACUGAAGAACCCUCGAAGAACGAAGAAAAGCCACAUGAACAAAAUGUAGAAGAGUCACCGAAAGAUGCUGAAAAACCAGAGGAGCCACCUAAAGAAGUCAACAAAUCAGAAGAGCCAUCCAAAGAAAUUGAAGAAUCAUCACAACUAGCUAACACACCUGUAAAAUCAGAGGAACCAUCCGCGAAGCAAGAUAAAUCAUCUGAGAAACCUGAAGUACCAGCAAAGGAUGAUCAAAAAUCUGAAAAAGAAGACACUCCAGCUCUCUCCGAAAGCACGGAUAAUCAAGACACAUCGCGAGAUCAAGACGAUCAAAAAACAAAUGAUACAGCACCGAUGUCCACAUCUAUGGAUGACGCAAGUCUCAUGAAUCAUCCAACCGAAGGUCCAACGCAAACAAGAACAGAGCCUACACCAACUGAAACCGAACAUAAGGACGAUAAAAUAGAGGAAAUACCAACACGUCCUCAUAUCGAUAAAGAUCGAGUAUCGGUUGAUAGUCUGGAUAUAUCCAAUGAUCGUCGACCGGCAGACAAUGCCGACAAUCAAUAA